UUAAGUAUUUCCUCACAAGUGAACUGGCCUCACAUUUCGUUUCGUGUGAUGCUAUUAAUAUUGUUGAUGUUGAUGGUAAAGUUGAAGUUUUCAUUGAUCUGGAUUUCUUGAAGAACUCACAGACUGACAUCGAAAAAACAAUAGAGGACAUCAUUAUAAAGAAGUCUGGAAGACUGGUUAAGAACGACAAACUAUAUCUUUUAAUUCAAGGCUUUUUAAUUGACGUUAAGAACGAAAAAACAACACUGGAAACGGUUGAUGUUCCCGGACCCGUUGUACUUCCAGAUAGAGAUACAUAUCUUAAAAAAGUGGAAUGGUCGACCUGGUCUGAGUGUAGUAGAUCCUGCGGUGAAGGUAUCCAGAAACGUACUAGAAAUUGCACGGAGUUUGAUAUCAAAAAUCGUUUAUGUGAUGGUAAUGAAUAUAACGAACAAGCUUGUCAAAACAACCCUUGUCCAGCCCUCCUUCGAGCCCAUAUCAGUUUAAUGAUUGACAACAUAGAGUUUCACGAUGCUUUAAAGGAUAAUUCAUCUGAUGACUUUCAGUCCAUUGCAAAACCUUUAUGCAAUGAGAUGUAUAAGUAUUUCCUCACAAGUGAACUGGCCUCACAUUUCGUUUCGUGUGAUGCUAUUAAUAUUGUUGAUGUUGAUGGUAAAGUUGAAGUUUUCAUUGAUCUGGAUUUCUUGAAGAACUCACAGACUGCCAUCGAAAAAACAAUAGAGGACAUCAUUAUAAAGAAAUCUGGAAGACUGGUUAAGAACGACAAAUUAUAUCUUCGAAUUCAAAGCUUUUUAGUUGACGUUAAGAGCGAAAAAACAAUACUGGAAACGGUUGAUGUUCCCGGACCCGUUGUACUUCCAGAUAGAGAUACAUAUCUUAAAAAAGUGGAAUGGUCGACCUGGUCUGAGUGUAGUAGAUCCUGCGGUGAAGGUAUCCAGAAACGUACUAGAAAUUGCACGGAGUUUGAUAUCCAAAAUCAUUUAUGUGAUGGUAAUGAAUAUAAAGAACAAGCUUGUCAAAACAACCCUUGUCCAGCCCUCCUUCGAGCACAUAUCAGUUUAAUGAUUGAGAACAUAGAGUUUCACGAUGCUUUAAAGGAUAAUUCCUCUGAUGACUUUCAGUCCAUUGCAAAACCUUUAUGCAAUGAGAUGUAUAAGUAUUUCCUCACAAGUGAACUGGCCUCACAUUUCGUUUCGUGUGAUGCUAUUAAUAUUGUUGAUGUUGAUGGUAAAGUUGAAGUUUUCAUUGAUCUGGAUUUCUUGAAGAACUCACAGACUGACAUCGAAAAAACAAUAGAGGACAUCAUUAUAAAGAAGUCUGGAAGACUGGUUAAGAACGACAAACUAUAUCUUUUAAUUCAAGGCUUUUUAGUUGACGUUAAGAGCAAAAAAACAACACUGGAAACGGUUGAUGUUCCCGGAACUGUUGAACUUCCAGAUAGAGAUACUUAUCUUACAGAAGUGGAAUGGUCAACCUGGUCAGAGUGCAGUGAAUCCUGUGGUGAAGGUAUCCAGAAACGUUUAAGAUACUGCUCGGAUUUUGAUAUGCAACAUCAGUUAUGUGAUAGGAAUAAAGACGAACAAAUUUGUCAGCACAACCCUUGUCCAGUUGAGGGGAAAUGGGCAGAGUGGAAUAACUGGGAGAAAUGCAGCAUAUCUUGUGGCAAGGGAGUUAAGACAAGGAGACGGGAAUGUAACAAUCCGUCUCCAUCCUUUGGUGGUCAGAAUUGCAUUGGUGUCAACAUUGAUAACGAGAACUGCCAAGAGAGAGAUUGUCCCAUUAAUGGUAUGUGGUCUGAAUGGAGCCCAUGGAAUGACUGUUCUGGUAGUUGUGGCGGAGGUAGGAAAGAAAGAUCUAGAUCUUGUUCAAAUCCAAGACCUAAAUAUGGUGGACGGGCAUGUGUCGGUGACAAAAUUUCAUCAAGCAUAUGUAAUGACAAACCUUGUCCAGUAGAUGGAAGUUGGUCAGAAUGGAAUGUGUGGACUGAUUGUUCCUUAUCUUGUGAUGGUGGAAUCAAGACAAGAUUAAGAACAUGUUCUAACCCAGAGCCUAAGUUUGGAGGAAAGGGAUGCAAUGGCAAUGAAGAGGAAUCGAAUAAAUGUGGAGUCGAAUUUUGUCCAGUUGAUGGUGGGUGGACAGAAUGGACCGCAUGGUCGGGAUGCUCCGUGUCAUGUGGAAUAGGGACAGAGGACAGAAUGAGAAUAUGUUCUGGCCCUGAACCGAAGUAUGGUGGACUAAAUUGUACUGGGAAUAAUUUUGAUUACAAAACCUGUGACAGUAUUCCUUGUCCUAUACAUGGGGAAUGGUCAAUAUGGAAUGAAUGGACAGGUUGUUCAGUAACAUGUGGUAGUGGAAUAAAAGAGAGACAAAGACCCUGUAAUAACCCACAGCCUAAGUUCGGCGGAAAAGAUUGUUCUGGUGAUCGUAUAGAUCACAAGGAGUGUAAUGGAAAGAGUUGCCCAGUUGAUGGACAAUGGUCAGGAUGGAGUGGCUGGACAGAUUGCUCAUUGACUUGUGGAGGUGGAAAAACAGAAAGAAAUAGGACAUGUAAUGAUCCGAAGCCACAAAAUGGAGGCUCGAAUUGCACUGAAAAUGACUAUGAAGUGAAGGAUUGUAACUUCAUUUCCUGUCCAAUUGAUGGCGAAUGGACAAAUUGGUCAGAAUGGAGUACCUGUAGCCAGCUAUGUGGAGGUGGAGUUAUGUUCAGAAACAGGACAUGUACCGAACCUAGAUAUAAUGGAGAUAACUGCAGAGGAAAUAAUACCGAAUUUCAGAAAUGUGCUCAAAUUCCAUGUUCUGUUAAUGGGCAAUGGUCAGAAUGGAAUAAAUGGUCUGAAUGUACAAUUUCCUGUGGCAGAGGUUAUAGAUUAAGAAAUAGGUCAUGUACUGAACCCUCACCACAAUUUGGUGGAGAACUUUGCCAUGGCAAUGAAACUGAAACAGAUAUUUGCAAUAUAAACGAUUGUCCAGUAGAUGGGAAUUGGUCAUCCUGGGGUAAUUGGCAAGAGUGUAGUACAACAUGCGGUGGUGGAACUAAAACCAGAAAUAGAACAUGCACAGAUCCCGUACCACAUUUUGGUGGAGAAUGUUGCAAUGGGAAUAAUACUGAAGCUGCGAUGUGCAAUAAUAUAUUAUGUCCAAUUGAUGGAAAUUGGUCCGUCUGGAGUAAAUGGCAGGUGUGUAGUGUAUCUUGUGGUGGGGGAAAUCAAACUAGGAAUAGAACAUGUAACAACCCGAAGCCACAACUUGGAGGAGAAUAUUGUGAUGGAAAUGAUUCUGAAGAUAUUGCGUGUAACAAAAUGGCUUGUCCAAUUGAUGGUAUUUGGUCUAACUGGAAUGAAUGGACAGCCUGUAGUUUAUCUUGUGGAAGUGGUACACAGUCACGGAAUAGAACAUGCAACGAUCCUGAACCACAGUACGGCGGCACCUACUGUUCAGGAAAUAAUACCGAAGAGCAGAGAUGUAAAGAAGAUCCCUGUCCAAUUGAUGGUAAUUGGUCAGAUUGGAGUACCUGGGGUAUAUGUACUGUUUCGUGUGGUGAUGGAAGUAAAACUAGAGAUAGAACGUGUACUAAUCCGAUACCACAGAAUGGUGGUCUUGAUUGUACGGGAAACGAAACAGAUAUAGGAUUUUGUAAUUACAGUUCAUGUGCAAUAAAUGGUAACUGGACUGAGUGGUCUGACUGGAGUGAAUGCAGUGUAUCAUGUGGAGGAGGAAUUCAAGAAAAAUAUAGAAACUGCUCUAAUCCCGUACCUGAGUUUGGAGGCGAGGACUGUUUUGGCAAUAAUACAGAAAUAAGCUUCUGUAAUAGUAACUACUGUCCAAUCAAUGGUAACUGGACAGAUUGGUCAGUAUGGAGCACCUGCAGCCACUCUUGUGGAGAAGGUUUUCAAUCUAGAAACAGAACAUGUUCGAACCCAGUACCUCAGUUUGGUGGAAAUGAAUGUCUCGGUAAUGGCACCGAAGAUGUUAUGUGUAACGAACACCAUUGCCCAGUGGAUGGCAACUGGACAAAAUGGUCAGAAUGGGACAAUUGUACACAGUCCUGUGGUGGUGGUGUUCGGUCAAGACUAAGAAUCUGUUCAGAUCCUGAACCAAGCUUUGGAGGAGAAAAUUGUCUAGGAAACAGUACAGAAAGAAAUAUUUGUAAUGACCAUAAUUGCCCAGUUGAUGGCAAUUGGACUGAUUGGUCUGAAUGGGGCAGUUGCAGUGAUACUUGUGGAAGUGGUCUUAAGCUUCGAUAUAGAAAUUGUUCAAAUCCUGAACCUCAGUUUGGUGGAAUUGACUGUGUGGGUAACAAAACAGAAAUCGAUUCCUGCAACGACCAAUAUUGCCCAGUUGACGGUAGUUGGGCAGAAUGGGCAGAAUGGAACAAUUGUACCUAUUCAUGUGGUGGAGGGCUUCAGUUUAGAAAUAGAACAUGUUCAGACCCUGAACCCCAGUUUGGUGGAAAGGAAUGUAUUGGAAAUAGCACAGACAAUAAUUUAUGCAACGAGCAUCAAUGUCCAGUUGACGGUAGUUGGACAGAAUGGUCAGAAUGGAACAAUUGUACUGAUGUAUGUGGCGGAGGGCUUAAGUCUAGAAAUCGAACAUGUUCAGAUCCUGAACCUCAUUUUGGUGGAAAGGAUUGUAUAGGCAAUAACACACAGAAUAUUUUAUGCAACGAACAUCAUUGCCCAGUUGAUGGAAACUGGUCUGAAUGGAGCGCAUGGGAGGAAUGUAGCGUAACAUGUGGAGGUGGAUUGAAGACAAGAAACAGGACUUGCACAAACCCUGCAUCACAAUAUGAAGGCAAAGAUUGCUCAGGAAAUAGUACCAACAUUUCUAAUUGUGCACACAAUCCUUGUCCAAUCAAUGGAAAUUGGACAGAGUGGUCAUCAUGGAAUGAAUGCAGUGUUAUUUGUGGAGGUGGCAUUCAAGUCAGAGACAGAAAUUGUUCAAAUCCUGUCCCACAAUAUGGUGGUGAUCAGUGUUUCGGAAAUUCGACAAAUUCGGACACAUGCAAUGAACAGCAAUGUCCAAUUGAUGGUAACUGGUCUGGAUGGAGCCAAUGGGAGGAAUGUAGCGUCACUUGUGGUGGUGGACUCAAGACUAGAAAUAGAACCUGUUCAAACCCUGCACCCCAAUUUAGAGGCAAACACUGCUUAGGAAAUGAUACACUCAUUUCUAAUUGUGCAGACAAUCCUUGUCCUAUCAAUGGGAAUUGGACAGAGUGGUCAAUCUGGAAUGAAUGCAGCGUAACUUGUGGAGGUGGCAUUAAAGUCAGAGACAGAAACUGUUCAAAUCCUAUACCGCAAUAUGGUGGGGAAUCGUGUUUCGGAAAUGCCACAAGUACUGAAACAUGUAAUGAAGACCAAUGCCCAAUCAAUGGGAAUUGGACAGAGUGGUCAUCGUGGAAUGAAUGUAGUGUAACUUGUGGAGGUGGCAUGAAAGUCAGAGACAGAAACUGUUCAAGUCCUGUACCGCAAUAUGGUGGAGAUCCGUGUUUCGGAAACUCCACAAAUAUUGAUAUAUGCAAUGAAGACCCAUGCUCAAUUGAUGGAAACUGGUCUGGAUGGAGCGAAUGGGAGAAAUGUAGCGUCACAUGUGGAGGUGGACUCAAGACUAGAAACAGGACCUGUUCAAAUCCUGAACCCCAAUUUGGAGGCAAAUAUUGCACAGGAAAUGAUACCCACAUUUCUGAUUGUGCAGACAAUCCUUGUCCAAUCAAUGGGAAUUGGACAGAGUGGUCAUCUUGGAAUGAAUGCAGUGUUACUUGUGGAGGUGGCAUGAAAGUUAGAGACAGAAAAUGUUCAAAUCCUGUACCGCAAUACGGUGGCGAUCCGUGUUUCGGAAAUACUACAAAUUUUGAAACAUGUAGUGAAGAGCUGUGCCCAAUUGAUGGAAAUUGGUCUGGAUGGAGCGAAUGGGAGGAAUGCAGCGUCAAAUGUGGAGGUGGACUCAAGACUAGAAACAGGACCUGUUCAAAUCCUGAACCCCAAUUUGGAGGCAAAUAUUGCACAGGAAAUGAUACCCACAUUUCUAAUUGUGCAGACAAUCCUUGUCCAAUCAAUGGGAAUUGGACAGAGUGGUCAUCCUGGAAUGAAUGCAGUGUUACUUGUGGAGGUGGAAUGAAAGUCAGAGACAGACAUUGUUCAAAUCCUGUACCGCAAUACGGUGGCGAUCCGUGUUUCGGAAAUACUACAAAUAUUGAAUCAUGUAAUGAAGACCCGUGUCCAAUUGAUGGCAUCUGGUCUGGAUGGAGCGAAUGGGAGGAAUGUAGCGUCACAUGUGGAGGUGGACUCAAGACUAGAAACAGGACCUGUUCAAAUCCAGAACCCCAAUUUGGAGGCAAAUACUGCACAGGAAAUGAUACCAACAUUUCUAAUUGUGCAGACAAUCUUUGUCCAAUCAAUGGGAAUUGGACAGAGUGGUCAUCCUGGAAUGAGUGCAGCGUUACUUGUGGAGGUGGCAGGAAAGUCAGAGACAGACAAUGUUCAAAUCCUGUACCGCAAUAUGGUGGAGAUCCGUGUUUCGGAAAUACUACAAAUAUUGAUUCAUGUAAUGAAGACCCGUGUCCAAUUGAUGGCAACUGGUCUGGAUGGAGCGAAUGGGAGGAAUGUAGCGUCACAUGUGGAGGUGGGCUCAAGACUAGAAACAGGACCUGUUCAAAUCCAGAACCCCAAUUUGGAGGCAAAUAUUGCACAGGAAAUGAUACUCACAUUUCUAAUUGUGCAGACAAUCCUUGUCCAAUCAAUGGGAAUUGGACAGAGUGGUCAUCUUGGAAUGAAUGCAGUGUUACUUGUGGAGGUGGCAGGAAAGUCAGAGACAGACAAUGUUCAAAUCCCGUACCGCAAUAUGGUGGAGAUCCGUGUUUCGGAAAUACUACAAAUAUUGAAUCAUGUAAUGAAGACCCGUGUCCAAUUGAUGGCAACUGGUCUGGAUGGAGCGAAUGGGAGGAAUGUAGCGUCACAUGUGGAGGUGGGCUCAAGACUAGAAACAGGACCUGUUCAAAUCCAGAACCCCAAUUUGGAGGCAAAUAUUGCACAGGAAAUGAUACUCACAUUUCUAAUUGUGCAGACAAUCCUUGUCCAAUCAAUGGGAAUUGGACAGAGUGGUCAUCUUGGAAUGAAUGCAGUGUUACUUGUGGAGGUGGCAGGAAAGUCAGAGACAGACAAUGUUCAAAUCCCGUACCGCAAUAUGGUGGAGAUCCGUGUUUCGGAAAUACUACAAAUAUUGAAUCAUGUAAUGAAGACCCGUGUCCAAUUGAUGGCAACUGGUCUGGAUGGAGCGAAUGGGAGGAAUGUAGCGUCACAUGUGGAGGUGGGCUCAAGACUAGAAACAGGACCUGUUCAAAUCCAGAACCCCAAUUUGGAGGCAAAUAUUGCACAGGAAAUGAUACUCACAUUUCUAAUUGUGCAGACAAUCCUUGUCCAAUCAAUGGGAAUUGGACAGAGUGGUCAUCUUGGAAUGAAUGCAGUGUUACUUGUGGAGGUGGCAUGAAAGUCAGAGACAGAAAAUGUUCAAAUCCUGUACCGCAAUAUGGUGGAGAUCCAUGUUUCGGAAAUAUUACAAAUAUUGAAACAUGUAACGAAGACCCGUGCCCAAUUGAUGGCAACUGGUCUGGAUGGAGCGAAUGGGAGGAAUGUAGCGUCACAUGUGGAGGUGGACUCAAGACUAGAAACAGGACCUGUUCAAAUCCUGAACCCCAAUUUGGAGGCAAAUAUUGCACAGGAAAUGAUACCCACAUUUCUAAAUGUGCAGACAAUCCUUGUCCAAUUGAUGGGCAUUGGACUGAGUGGUCAUCCUGGAAUGAAUGUAGUAUUACUUGUGGAGGUGGAUUGAAAGACAGAGAAAGAACAUGUUCAAAUCCUUUACCACGGUAUGGUGGAAAUCCAUGUGUUGGAAAUGCAACGACUUCGGAAACAUGUAAUGAAGACCUUUGCCCAAUCAAUGGCCAGUGGUCACAAUGGACCGAUUUUACAAGCUGUAGCCAGACUUGUGGUGGAGGAUUGCAAAGUAGAAAUAGAUCAUGCACUGAUCCCGAACCACAAUAUGGCGGAGAUUAUUGUGUUGGAGUGGAAAACGAAACAAACAGUUGCAAUAACCAGCCAUGUCCCAUAAAUGGUAAUUGGACGGAAUGGAGUAACUGGAGUGCUUGUCCAGUGUCAUGUGGAGGGGAUAAACACACAAGGAUGCGAUCAUGCACAAACCCAAAGCCUCAGUUUGGUGGUGAUUUUUGUGAUGGCAACAAUAGUGAAUCACAGUCUUGUAAUUUCCACCAUUGUCCAAUUCAUGGACAAUGGUCAUCAUGGAGUGAAUUGUCAGAUUGCGACCGGUCUUGUGGGGGAGGUAUGCAAAACAAAAAUAGAUCAUGCUCUAAUCCAAAACCAGAAUAUGGUGGAAAUCAAUGCCUUGGGAAAGAUAAUGAGUCCAUUGAAUGCAACAAGCAUUCAUGUCCAGUGAAUGGUAAUUGGACAACAUGGAGUGGUUGGGCAGAAUGUCCUGUUUCUUGUGGAGGGAGUCGACACACAAGAACGCGUUCAUGCACAAAACCAAAGCCACAGUAUGGUGGGGAUGAGUGUGAAGGAAAUAAGACUGAAACACAGAUUUGUAAUACUCAACAUUGUCCUAUUGAUGGACAGUGGUCAAACUGGAGUGAUUUUACAUCAUGCAGUGAGACCUGUGGCGGAGGGGAUCAUAGUAGAAACAGAUCCUGUACGGCACCAGCACCAAAAUAUGGUGGACAACAUUGUCCUGGAGAAGAAAAUCAAACUAAAAAUUGCAAUACUCACCCAUGUCCUAUUAAUGGUAACUGGACUUCUUGGAGUGAAUGGUCAGUGUGUCCAGUUUCAUGUGGAGGUGGUCGUCACUCACGAAGCAGAUCAUGCACUAAUCCUGCACCGAUGUAUGGUGGUUCGACAUGUAAAGGAAACACAACAGAUAAUCAACUUUGUAAUCCACAACACUGUCCAAUUGAUGGAGAAUGGACUUCAUGGACUGCAUGGUCAGUAUGUUCGGUGACUUGCGGAGGAGGAAAAUCAGCAAGAACUAGAAGUUGUUCAGAUCCAGCGCCGCAGUAUAAUGGAAGCAAUUGUUCUGGACAAGAUAAAGAAAACAGGGUUUGCAACACAAUCAAUUGUCCAGUUGAUGGAGAGUGGUCGGAAUGGAUGCCAUGGUCCACUUGUACUGUUAGUUGUGGGGGUGGUGGAUUUCAGCAACGAAAACGAGAUUGUACUAAUCCAUCUGCAAAAUAUGGUGGAAAAGAUUGUAAUGGAAAUGAUGCUGAGAUCCAGGAUUGUGGAGAUUUAGGUUGUCCAGGGUUGAUAUUUACGCCAACUGAAGAAUUUGAAGGGGCUUCUGCUGUUCUUGCAAAAUGCCGUAUUGAAAAUUUCACAUCAUGGCAGGAGCUAGAAAUUGCAAAAAAUUCGAGAGAAAUGGUUAUUUUGCAAUCAAAGGGAAUUGAAACUUCCAACCUUGGGAGCGCUGUGGCUGUUUCAAAUGAUAUUAAAGACAUGUAUGCGGAGAUCCAGCUUUCUUUCAAUAAACUUAGCUGCAAGGAUGAAGGAACGUAUGUUUGUUCUGUGGACAGAGGAUAUCAUAGGUCUGCUGAUUUAAUUGUUAAAACUCCUCCUGUCGGCAAACCGGUGUUUGAUAUAAAUACUGAAAUCUUUGGUGAGAGAAGUGAGCAGUUUUCCUGUACAGGAAAUCCAGGCUAUCCUAAAGGUCAUCUUGAAUUUUGGGUAAAAUUCAGAAAUGAGACAGAGUAUCAGGAAUAUAGGUUUCAUAGUGCAGUUAGAACGGUAACAGAUAAAAAUUGCCGCCGACAAGAAACUGUUCAGGUAGAUUACUUCUUUCCCAUGCGGUGGAACGGUGCUAAAAUCCGUUGUAAAGCCCCGGAUUCUGAAGAAUAUACAGAACGAGAAAUCUGGCUGAUAUCAGAAUAUUACUGUGAAUCCGUUCCAUUGUUUUCGACGGUUCGCCAUCCCUACACGUGUAAAAAGUACAUGAGAUGUUUAGAAGACAAGGUUGAUGUGAUGGAAUGUCCAGAAGGACUAUGUUAUAACGAGGAAUCACAACUGUGUGUUUACCAGUGAGAGGUUGACAUUACAAUAGAACAUACGGGUUGUUUGUUGACAUAUUGAACUAGAGACUUCAACUGGUGCAGAAACAUAUUGAACAGCCACACGAGUCAAGACGGAACAUGUGUGGCCUUUCAAAACAUUCAUGGCAUUGAACUGAUAUACAAUUGGACAUUCCUAUUUUUAUUUUUCAAUAAAGGAUUCCUUUUUGUA